AGUCCAGGCGAGGUGGCCCGGCAGAGCGGCGCACGCGAGGGGGGAACUGCUACCCUGAUACCCUGAGAGACGUCCGGCGCUGAGUGCUGCUGAGUGACAUCCCAGUGUUCGCGGGCGCGCCAUGGCUGGCCCCUGACAGCAUGACUCAGGAGCCGUGGUUCCUGUCGCGGCCGGCGACCCAUCGCCCGCUGUCAGCCUCGCAGCCGCCCGGGCAGGACCCCGCGCCGCUCGACAACGACGGCGACCGCUCCCUCUACGGCGUGGUGUUGCCGCUGGCGGCCACCUCGGUGCUGGUGUUGGCGGCCCUGCUGGUGCUGCUGCUGCUGCUGGCUCGCCGUAGGAAGAGCGCAGACGAUGGCUCGGGCCCCAGCAUCGUGGUGUAUCCGUCCGCGCGCAGCGGCGGCCCGCAGUUCCUGACGAAGGAAAUAAGGUUCAGCCUGCCGAGCUUGCGACAGGCAGCGUCACUCAGCGACUUGGGGCCCAACGCCAGCGACCCGGAGUCUGACAUGGACACCGACUCCCUGGUUCCCGUCAGCAGUGGACAUGCACAGCGGUCAAACUCCUUCAGCUGCUACGGGCUAGGGGCCAUCGACCCGGCGUUGUACCACGGUACACUGGACCUGGAGGAAGACCUCCAGUUUCCCGAGGGCCACCUGGGGCGGCUGUGGUUCUCGCUGCGCUACGAGCCGUCCACAGAGAAGCUGCUGGUGUCCCUCCUCAAGGCCAAGAACCUUCCCAGCCGCACCGUCGCAUCCGCCAACGCCUGCGACCCCUUCGUCAGGCUGCAGCUGUUUCCUGACGAGAGGCGCCACCUGCAGUCCCGGCAGAAGAAGAAGACCUGCAACCCUUACUUCGACGAGACGUUCGUGCUGCAGGUGCCCUCCAAGGAGGUGGGCGACCACGUGCUCAAGCUGAGCGUCGUCGACUCGGGCCGCAGCAAGCGACGAGGGGUCAUCGGCCACGUGACCUUCCCGCUGAGCGACCUGCCGGCCGACUCGGAGCAGCAGCUCUUCAAGAUGGACCUGGAGAAGGAGCCGACCGAGAAGACCUCCGACCUGGGCGAGUUGCUCGUGUCGCUGCUCUACAACGAGAACCUCCACCGGCUCAGCGUGACCGUCAUGGCCGCCCGCAGGCUCAAGUUCCAGGACGAGCGGCAGGACUCGUACGUGCGCGUGACCUUGAACCAGCAGUACCGCACGGUGAAGGUGAAGCGCACCUCGGCGGUCAAGGGCACGGACUCGCCCAGCUACUCCGAGUGCUUCAACUUCCGUGUGCCGCUGGCGCACGUCGACGUGACCAGCGUCGGGCUGCACGUGCACCAGGCCGUCAGCGGCUACGGCAGGGACAAGCUGAUUGGCAAGUGUGUGCUGGGCUCGUACAUGUUCGCGCGAGGCAAGGCACUCAGCCAGUGGAACACAGCCUUCACCAGCCCCAUGCAGCCGGUGCAGCACUGGCACGCUCUCUGCGAGUAGGCCGGGGGACAUCUCUACCCUCCUCGCUCCCUGAUACCAUCCCUAUUCAACCUAGCCCCUGCUUGGACAGGCGCCGCUGGGACUGCACCCAUGAACAAGCCCCAUGCGGCCGGCGAAGAACUGGCACGAUCUCUGGAAGUAGACUUGGGGACUUGUCUACCCUCCUCAGACCCUGAUCCAUCCCCAUCCUCCUAGUCCCUGAUUGGACAGGCGCCGCUGGGACUGCACCCAUGAACAAGUCCCAUGCAGCCGGCGAAGAACUGGCACGAUCUCUGGAAGUAAACUUGAGGACCUGUCUACCCUCCUAAGACCCUGAUCCAUCCCCAUCAUCCUAGCCCCUGCUUGGACAGGUGCCGCUGGGACUGCACCCAUGAACAAGUCUCAUGCAGCUGGUGCUGAACUGGCACGCUCUCUGGAAGUAGACUUGGGGACCUGUCUACCUUCCUCAGACCCUGAUCCAUCCCAUCCUCCUAGCCCCACAGGCGCCUCUGGGACUGCACCCAUGAACAAGUCCCAUGCAGCUGGUGCUGAACUGGCACGCUCUCUGGAAGUAGACUUGGGGACCUGUCUACCCUCCUCAGACCCUGAUCCAUCCCAUCCUCCUAGCCCCUGCUUGGACAGACACCUCUGGUACUGCACCCAUGAACAAGGCUCACGGCUCAGUGCAGCCAACCUCGCAGACACGAUGUUUCAGACAUGUAACUUCACCUUCCUGAAACAUUUGCAAUGUUCAUGCACCAAUACUCAAAUGUUUCAUAAAUCUUUUUUCGCUGUAUGGACUGUGCAGUCAUUUCGUAAAAUGUGUCUAACAUUGCCGCAACUGUGGUACAGGAACUGUUUACACCAAAAUACAUUAAGCACAAAAUGAAAUGGCUGCUAUACUAGAACAAGUUAGUAGUAAGGUACCUAAGACUUCCUUUAAUAAAUUAUGAAUACAACAAACACUUUUAUUUAAUGUACACUAUUUAUUUUAAUGCUGUGUAAAUGAAAGAUAUUUCUGAUAAUGACAAACAAAAUAUUUGACUGAUAAUUUCGUUUUUAAUGAAGUACCUCUUGAAAAACUACAUUAUAUUCUAAUUUUCUCUGGUCAUUCAAUAAUCUUUAGUCAAUUAUAACCACGUGUUUACAUAAUCAAAAUUUAUUUUCAGCGAUAAAAUAAAUAUUUUCUUACUUUGCGAAGUUAAACAAAAAAAAACCAAAUUCGAAAUGUAAAUGAAUUACUUAAAUUUCACGAAUUAAAAAAAAGAUUUUCUUUAACUUCUAGCGCAAUCUUUUGGUGAAAAAUUCUAAAAAGUUGGGUGUUCACUGAUAUUAUUUCCAAGGGUUUACACAUUACAGGUAGUUGCGUUCUAAUGUUUGCACCUACAUCUUUAGGAAAAUGUAUUCUUGACAAACUUAAAUCAGUGUUUCAAAUAUAAUACAGUUAUAUGUGACACAGUUGCAAGAAAAAUGUACACUACAAAAAAAAAUCUUUUUUGUAAACAUUUUGCCCUGUAAAAUGUUUUGUAGUGAUUAUAAACUUAAUUUUUAUUUUCCCCAUAACUAUUCUGCUACCCAUAAAACAGUUUUGUGAUACUUAUAAAUAUUAUAUGUUUGUCACCACCAGCAUUGUAUAUACAUGUUAGUAUGCAAUGCCACAAGGGUAAAUAUCAACAAAAUAUUUUAUGAUGGCUAAUAUAUAUAAUGUUAUUUUAUGUAUGUAGAAGCCUAAAGCAUAUUUACUUAGGUAACUUUGAGUAGGGUUUAUUUUAGCGAUAUCGUUUGAAUCAACGAACCCCACCCUGCAGCCAGUUUUAUGUCGUACUGAAAUUAACGGAUGUCGCGAAAAAAAUGUAUUGCCAUAGCAAAAUAGCCUUUCUUUGUUGAAUCGCCUCUGCUUCUCCUCAGAAAUUAGAUGACAAUAUAAUGUUUCCUUUAGUAAUAAAAUGAUUCUCUAUGAGGCUCCACACAGGAUUUGAACCGCUCGCUUAGCUAUUAAUCAGUGUAAAAUAACUGGAAAACUGUUUGGAGAGUGUGCUAGUAAAAGGUUUAUUCGCUGUUAGGAAUUACAGUAAAUCUACGAACUUUUCACCGAAGAAUGAGCUUCGAAUAUACGUAAAGUUCUUCGUGGUGCCAGAUAACUGGUUCUACGUUGAAACUGCGCCAGACCCCGACUUCUGAGAUCUGCGUUAUUAAUUAGCAGGUUGAACAGACAAGUGGAAUUUCAUAAUAGUGUUUUUUGUUGUGUUCCGAGGCAGUUUUUGUAGAUAUCGGGCGCAGUUAUGCGGGACUCUGAACAACUUCAAGAUAAACAUGUUCAACUUUUGCGAGCGGUUACACACAGUCUGAACAUGUUUGUCAUCCAACCUAGACAGGUUGGCAAAGCAAUUCAGAACGACAUAUCGUCCGCAUAAACCUCUGAUUGGAUGUUGAGUGUUGAGAGUAUAAACACACCUUUGCGAAAACGCAAGAUUGAGACUGUUCUUUUGCACAAGUUCGAGUAAUAUUUUACCGACUGUAAUAAAAAAAAUAUUAACAACUAAAAAUUCUAUCAUUUUAAAAUUGAUGCUGAUGGUAAUUCUCUAACAGAUGUGAACUUGCUCAAAUAAAAAGGAUCCACAACACAUUCAUUCGAUGACAUUAGACAGUUGGUCUUGGAGUUGAACAUAAUUUGUACCAAAUGCAGUGUAACUGUACACUUUCGCGUUUGUAAAACAUAUUUACUUUUACUUUUUCACCUGAAAUUAUUCGGCGUUCCGUGUAACCACGCCCUUUUUCUCAGCUCCAGGAUAAUGCUUGUGUCAGUUUAAGUCCAAAGUAAGCAGACAAAGAGAGUGUAAUCUUACGAAGAUCCCUGAAUAAUUUGUAAACUCUGUUCUUCGUAAUUUUUAGGUGAGAAUUUUUAACAGCGAAUUUGCUUCGUCAUACGGAGCUCUGUACGAACUGGCAUUACUCCAUUUUAGUUCCCUAAUGAAUCCCAGCAUUGUAAACGGACCAAAACUCAACAGUGCAUGUCUAUUUGUGUGUCGCCACUCUUCCUCAUUUCACAUGUCUUCGUGUAAUAUACCAUCCUACUGAAGUUAACUGCUUCUGCUGUGUAUGCAAGAACAGUCACACAUAGCAAGAAACACGAAAAAUUGAAGACUGGACUAAAACAUUGAAAAUGUCAAUUGCAGCUUAACAAGAUGAUAAAUUAUUUAAAACAUUUUUAUGGGCAUACGCCAUUGCUGGUUUUUACUGUAUGCUAAAGAGAAACCACAAGAAUAAACAGGAAAGAUUAAUAUACAAACGCACAGAAAAAAAAAAACCAAACUUAUACGAUAUCAAAUGUUUCAUGAAUAGACACCACAAAAUUCCGUGGAAGAAACGAAUCAGGAGAAAAAAAA